AUAAGUAUAUUAUGGAUUAAAACGUGGUUCAUAAUUCUUUAAUCUGUUAUUUUACAGCUUUUGCCAGUUUUGUUAAAUUACAAAUAACUAGUAAAAUUACAGGGGGAAAUGUAUUGUUUAUACAUUAAAUGUGAAAUUAAGUUAUUUUUCAGUGCUGCAAAUAUCGUUUCAUUAAACACAGAUUUGCUGUUAUUUCUAUCAUUUACUACAGCACUAGCACUAUUACAAGGUAGCCCAGCAUUAAUUUAUGCUCUGCUUUAUUGUCUAUUUUGCUCUAAAUGAGGCUGUAAUUUACAAAAUGAACAUCAUGCUGUAUUCAAAAAGUCUUCAAACUAACAAUAGGGACCAUAAAUCCAUUAGAGAACUGUUUACAGAGCAAACAAAUCAAGAGAGAAUUCAGCUCAAUCAAUCGAUCAGACUUCUUUGUCCCACCAGCGGAGUUGUCUCAUGCUGGAUAUUAGACAGAAUGCAGGUUUAAACAUCAGAGAACAUUUGACUACAAACUGGUGGCAUCAAUUUCUAACAUUUACGGAUAUUCAAAGAUCUGUCAGAUCAUGUUGCACAUUGAAAAGUGACGUCAAACUGAACUCAACAAUCAUAUUGUUACAGCUGUAAAUAACCAUCUAACUACUUGCGGUGAUUUAUGUCCAGCCUCAAGAACACACUGUUUUCAAUGGGACUAGAAAGUAGCUUCAAUGAAAGCUGCUGACAAUGAGACUCAAAUUAACGCAGACCCUGUUUCUUGACAGGAAAAUGAACACCAGUUUGCUUUUAGUGCCUCAAACUAAACCUUAUCUCACCUUUAUUGCAUCCAGGUGAGGGCAGAAAAACUUUCUCAAAAGCUGUAACUUGAGGUAAAUGUUCUGAGUUUUUGAGCGACUGGAUGUUGAACCUGCAGGAAGCGAGCGAAACUUAUGCUGUUUGGAGAAAGGAUAAAACGAGGUCCAGAAUCAGCUGCGUCGUCGCCUUGUGAGCGGCUUUCAUCAGCUCGUGUUGGAUUUGAGCAUCAGUUCAGGCACCGACUUGAAAGACCGCAACGGCUGAUUAUGACGCGCCACUCAGUUAUAUAAUGUCCCAUACGAACCCUUGUUCUGAGAAGGGGUCAAGAGCAGUGAAACAUGCAGCGCCGUCCCCACUCCUGGGAUGCCGUGAGCCCCGAGGCGCUGAUGUAGGAUCAGUCUUUCCCAUCCAGACUCUGACCUCAGUCCUUGCAAGCAAACAUGCUAGCUGACCCCCAGAGCAGGGCCGUGGGCCAAGUCCCACCCACGCCAUACACUUACCCCGCUGUAUGUGUGCAUGCCGAGCAUUUUUUUUCCCCAUUGACCCAGAUACUCAUAUUCUUCCCCCAGAGAGCCGCUUCUCUCAGUCUAAGAGAGGCUCAUUAUUUUACCGGAGUGCCUUCCCUGUUUUUAUUCCUCCUGAGGUGGAAGAAGCAGGAAGGAAGUGGGGCAACCUGGUAGCGUUGCUGCACAGGGGGUGCGUUCAGGCCCGCUCCGGUUCCACGGGGAGGCAUACUGGAUCCACACAAUUAACGCGGCGUAAAAUAGAGUCAGCAAAUUUGCAGCAAAUUACGGUCCAGGUUCAUUAUUACAAAGCUAUCCCCACACGUAAGUGCAGCCCUCUCUGAAUCUGGCCGACUCAUUUGAUUGUAAAUCACCUAACCGGCCGAUGCUUUCAUUAAGUCGCCACAGUGAAGCUUUCUAAUAGUUUAUUUAAUUUAAUUUUAUUCAUGUAGCAGCACUGUAAAAAAAAAAACAUAUUUAAGCUGGAGUUGAAUUAAAGUGUCUUUCUUCUUUGAUGAAGGUGGAUUUGAGGAUUCUAUCAUCUCUAAAUUACAUUUUGUCGCUUUAAAUUGGUAUUCUCAUUCCAACAAAACUGGAAAAAUAAUGAGGUUUACUGCUCCUUUAGCAUUGUGCAUUUGACGUUUCUUGUUCUGCUGCAGCUCAACCAAAGAAGGAAAAUGGUAUGUCUACUGACAGGAUCAAGUUUCACGUUUUGUUAAAGCUCAUACGUAAAUUCGACAAACUGGAAACGUCAAGUGGAUUUUCCUUAAAGUUAAGCUACAGCAAUGAUAAUUUGAGCAGAAUCAAAUGAUUUAAAUGCAUCUUACUUAAACCUGUGGUAUUAAUAUCAUGUUGCUAUCUUAAUUUGGAUUGACCAAACUCAGUUGCAUUAACAAUUGAAGCACUUCCUCUCGAGUUACCUCACAUAGUAAGAAAACUUACGAACUUUUAGAGAAACCCAAGAAGUCCAAAGUUCCCAUUGGAUUCCUUUGGGCAAGCAACAGUGGAAAAAAAAAAAAAAGAAAAACUAAACUAAAACUUUACCAGAUAGAAAUCUCAGUUUACAUGCACCAAACUAUGAUUAUGUAACACAAAUAAUCAGUUAGCUCUGAUGUCCAGGUCAUAAUAAUGCCAGCUAAGGUUCCUGAGGUGAAGUAUCUUCAAGAACCCACAAUAGAAGUGUGUUUGCUAUUGAAGAUCCUAGGAUGGUAUUUACAAAUGUAGCAGCAUCUAAAUAGAUUUGUGGAGAUAUUAAAACCAAUUUUGGCUACAGACUAUGAUUAAUUUUGGUGAAUAUGACUGAAAAAGGACAUUUAUUGGUACGAUUAUCUAGCUAGAAAAAGACUCUGCUUUACCAGAAAGUAAACUACUUUAAUGUGCACCAAACCAUGAUUGUCCAGUACAAACAACUGGUUAUCUGGAAUUAGGAUGAAACAACAUUACACAAUAUCUAGGAAUCGGUUAAUUUUAGGAAGUCUUCAAGAGUUAGUGUUACCAGCAAAAUUUGUGGAUUCUCAGUUAUCCAGGUCUUGGUAACUUCAGCAUAAAGCAAUUGGACUUGGAUAUUUAACAUCAUGCAUGUUACUAGCAAUUGCUAUAGCAAGUUUAAAGUGAUUUUUGGACAUACUUGGCUGCAGAGCAUGAUUAAAUAUGAUGGAAAAGAACAUUUAAUAGUAAAACUAUCCUCACAGAUUGUCCUUAUUGUGAUUAUUUAUGUAGAAGGAUUAAAAAAUGUGUCUUUAAAUCUAAAUUACUUGAGACAUAUUUUGAACCUUUUUUGAUGGGUAUUGGUUAGAGACAUCUAUGGGUAAAUGGAUAAAGAUCAGCUUCAACACCAUGGUCCACAUCAUAUGUCAUCUUAAGGCACCUCAUAUAGUAAGAAGACCUUGCAAAACUGUCGAGAAACCCAACAAAACCGAAGUUUCCUUGGGUUGUUCUUUGAUGAAAUAACUUUGAGAACCAAAUUGAGAAGUCUGGUUGCAUUUUAUUGAAGCUAGAAUGUUAAUAAAAGAGGUAAUUAAAUCAAUUUGAGUUACAGACCAUGAUUAAAUAUGAGAAUAAAGAGCAUUUGAUGGUAAAACUAUGCUCACUAUUUUGGUGGUUUGUGUAGAAUGAUUAAAUAAUGAGUCUUGAUAUCUAAACAUAAACGAUCUGAGCCACAUUUAACGGUGAAUACUGGUUGAAGAGCUGCACCGGUUAAAGGCUCCUCCAUGUGAGGAGAUCUAACAGUUAAAGGUCAGCUGUGGUGUCUUAAUGCAUCUCAUAAAAUAAAAAGACCCAACAAAAUGGUUGAGAAACCCAACAAACCCAAAGUUCCCUUGGGUUCUUCAUUGGUGAAAUACCUUCAAGAUCCUUCAAGAGAGGUCUGGUUGCUUUUUAUAGAAGCUGGAAUGUUAAUAGAAGAGGUAAUGCCAUCUUUAAAGUGAUAUUUGAAGAUGAUAAAAUGAAUUAUGGACCAAAUAUGAUGAAGAUCAGACAUUUAAUGGUAAAAACUAUCCUCACAGAUUGUUGUCGUGGUUCUUUAUGUAGAAGGAUGUUUCUUUAAAUCUAAUGAUCUGAGCCACAUUUAACGGUGAAUAUCAGUUGAAGAGCUGCACCGGUUAAAGGCUCCUCCAUGUGAGGAGAUCUAACAGUUUUAAGAUCAGCUGCAGCGCGGUGCGCCACGCCUCCACGACCCGACACCUGGUUCUCCAACAGUCCGUCAGUUGCGCUGUUGCAGAGCGGAUUUUCAGACAGGACCGGCGGAAGAAAAAGCAAGAGGAGGAGGAGGAGGAAGCGAGAGAGAGAGAGAGCGAAUGGGGGAGAGGGAGAAGAGAAUGUGACAACUGCUGGAUGCGGACAGAGUGUGUGCGGCGGCUACACUGCCUUCAGGGAGGCCUCGGAUCUUGCACCUGUCCCUCUCCGUCUCCGCGGCCAGCAGGCGCAGUUUUGGGCGACGCUCCUUUAUUUAUCAGGCGGAGGCGCACAGCGGCGGAGGCACACACACACACACACACACACACACACACACACACACACACACACACACACACACACACACACACACACACACACACACACACACACACACACACUCAGCUCUGGACGCAGGCAACAUGACUUCAUCCUACAAUCUGGAUUUUCUGCCCGAUAUGAUGGUGGAGAGCCGCCUGCUCGUUCCCGGAGACAGAAUUAACGGCACAGCCGGAAAGAUGAACGGGGCGCUGGAGCAUUCGGACCAGCCAGACCCGGACGCCAUCAAGAUGUUUGUGGGUCAAAUCCCACGCUCCUGGUCGGAGAAGGAGCUGAAGGAGCUGUUCGAGCCGUACGGCGCCGUCUACCAGAUCAACAUCCUCCGAGACCGCAGCCAGAACCCUCCACAGAGCAAAGGCUGCUGUUUUGUCACAUUUUACACAAGGAAAGCUGCCCUUGAAGCCCAGAAUGCACUGCAUAACAUAAAGACCUUAACAGGGAUGCACCACCCGAUUCAGAUGAAACCUGCAGACAGUGAGAAAUCUAAUGCGGUGGAAGAUAGGAAGCUGUUCAUCGGCAUGGUGUCGAAGAAGUGCAACGAGAAUGACAUCCGGGUCAUGUUCUCUGCGUUUGGACAGAUCGAGGAGUGCCGGAUCCUCCGAGGGCCUGACGGGCUCAGCAGAGGCUGUGCGUUUGUCACAUUUUCCACCAGAGCUAUGGCACAGAAUGCAAUCAAAGCCAUGCACCAGUCUCAGACUAUGGAGGGCUGCUCGUCUCCCAUCGUGGUGAAGUUCGCCGACACGCAGAAGGACAAGGAGCAGCGGCGUCUGCAGCAGCAGCUGGCGCAGCAGAUGCAGCAGCUGAACAGCGCCACCACCUGGGGGAGUCUGACGGGGCUGGGCGGCCUCACCCCUCAGUAUCUGGCUGUAAGGAGCGCCGCCGCCUCGCCCUCCAUCACCUCCUCCACCUCCUCCAUCACCCCUUACUGCAGCCCCGUGGCCAACGCCGCCGCAUUGCUUCAGCAGGCGACCUCCUCCGGUAACCUGGGAGCCUUCAGCGGGAUCCAGCAGAUGGCCGGUAUGAGUGCUCUGCAGUUGCAGAACCUGGCCACUUUAGCGGCAGCGGCGGCGGCAGCCCAAAACUCGGCCAGCCCCUCCACCGCAAACCCCCUGUCCUCCAACGCCGCCUCCCUGGGAGCGUUGGCCAGCCCAGCGGCAAUCCUGCUUUGUUGGCAUCGCUUUGAUGAGAUCAAGGCAGGCACCACGGCCAGCUCUAACGCCGGCGCUAUGAACUCUCUGACCUCUCUGGGCACCCUGCAGGGCCUGGCAGGCGCCACCGUGGGCCUGAACAACAUUAAUGCACUAGCAGGUAGCGUCAACAUUGCUCAAAUGCUCUCAGGUAUGGCGGCUCUAAACGGAGGCCUGGGCGGCGCAGGGCUUACCAACGGGACGGCGGGCACCAUGGACGCGCUGACGCAGGCUUACUCAGGGAUCCAGCAGUACGCCGCCGCAGCGCUGCCCACCCUCUACAGCCAGUCCCUGCUGCAGCAGCAAGGGGCCGCCGGCAGCCAGAAAGAGGGUCCCGAAGGUGCCAACCUGUUCAUCUACCACCUGCCCCAGGAGUUCGGAGACCAGGACAUACUGCAGAUGUUCAUGCCUUUCGGAAACGUGGUCUCUGCCAAAGUCUUCAUUGACAAACAGACAAACCUUAGCAAGUGCUUCGGCUUCGUCAGCUACGACAAUCCAGUGUCGGCACAGGCAGCCAUCCAGGCCAUGAACGGCUUCCAGAUCGGCAUGAAGCGGCUGAAAGUGCAGCUGAAGCGCUCCAAGAACGACAGCAAACCGUACUGAUCUUAGCACUAGGGUCUAUCUGCUCCCCAUGUUAGCACUGCUAGGAACAACCCAUCCUCCAUGCCUGUUAGCUCAUCGUUUGCCUAGCAUGUCUCCGUGGCGUCCAAAACAAACAAAAAAAAACAACUUUUACGAAAGCAAACACACACGAAAAAACAUUUAUCCCCACCCAAAAAAAAAAAAAAAAUCAAAGUGUCAUCGUCGUCCUCCUUCCCCGUCAUUGUUUUUCUGAUGUCUUUUCCGAGCUCACCUGAUCAUAACCUGGUUCUCCUCCUCCUCCUCCUCGCUGCCGCCUACUGAACUUUUGAAAACUUUUUAGCUUUUUUUGGACUUUGAUUUUUAUGAUUAUUAUUUUUGUUGUCUUUCUUGUUUUUUUUUUUUUUGUUCUUUUGCAUGUGACCUCAUUUGGAUCUGGGAGGGUUUCAGGGGAGAAGAAGAAGAUUUUAAAAAGGGGAGGUUCAGAAAAAAAAACAAAUCUGUGAAAAAGAUACAAAGCUGCAUUCAUUAUGAACACAAAAAAAGACUGAGAUUUUUAUGGAAUAACAAAAAUGUUCUGUUUUUUUCAGUUUUUGGAGAAAAAACAACAGCUUGUGGUAAAGUGAUUUCCAUUCAGUAUGUUUUCUUGCAUAUUUUUCUUUUUUUCUUUAUAUGUCAGUUGUUUGUUUUUUGUUUUUGUUUUUGUUCUUCUUCAUUUAAAGUAAACUUGAAAGUUCACUACAGGAAUUGGCGCGCCAUCUUGCUUCUGGUGCCGAAAACGACAACAACAUGGAGAAAGAAAAAAAGAAAAACCAACAAAAAAAGAACAAAAAAACAAAAAGCAGGGCCAGAAGCAGUCCGCGCCAGUUUCUCUGAGAAAUAAGACUACUUCCAAACAGUUUUGAAUAAAAACUGUCUGAUCAAUAUUAGACUCUCUCAGAGCUCUCUAAUGGUUUUUACAUUUUUCAGGCAGUGUAAAGUUUUUUGAUAAGGCCAUUUUAAGUGGCUCUGUUUCUCAUUCAAAGUCUAUAUAUAGAACCACUUUUUUCUAGAGUAGUUUAAAGGUAAAAAUAAAAAAAGACAUUUGCCCUGUUUGGGGGGGAGAAAUGCUACCUACUUGUGUCACCUUUUGCUGAACUGACUCACAGAUAGACAAUCCGUGGUUUAAAUGCACAUGAUGAAAUGACCUAUAUUUUCUACUGUUUAAAUGUAUAGAGGAAAAAAAAAACUAAGAUUACCUGUAACCCGCGUUAACGUCGGUGCUUCUCGUGAGUUUAGUUGUGGUUUCAUCACAAGUCUAACGGUCUUAAAUGUCUCAUGUUUUUCAAGAGAAGACUAAAAAAUCAGUUUACUUGAACAAUAGACAAAGCCUUUCAUAUUACUAUAAUAGUUUUUCUCUCUUUUUUUCAAAUUUUCCUUCUUUUUUUUAAGGAGUCCCUAUUUGCUAAAUUUCUUGUUGGUUAAUUAGCUAUAUAAAAUUCUUAAAAAUAUAUAUAAAUAUAAAUAUAUCUAUAUAUAUAUAAUGUCAGCUUGUGAAGCAUCAAUGUCAUUAUUAUUUUAUUUCUCUCGUGGGAAACAAUAUUUAGAUGUGUUUUGUUGUUCGGCAAAAAUGUCUUAUAAAGAAAAAAAGACAAAAUCAGUGGAGUUUAGUGCCAAAUUCUGAAGGUACUUGCUGCCUAGCGCGUCAGUGUAUUUCUUGUGAAAUUAUUUGAUAACAUGGGUAUUUUAUUAUAAGUGUUUUGUAUGGAUCCCUCAUAUUUAAAGUAUAGAUUUAAAAAAGAGUUUGUUAACUUGCUAUUCUGUGGUCUUGUUGCCUGAAAAUGUCAUGUUUGCUUUUUUUCUUUGUAAAGAUGUAAGGACAAAAAAAUCGACAAAAAAAGUGCCCAUGUGUCAUAUAUAUAUCUACACGAACACACACGCAAAACACACACAUAUAUGCAUCACGCCAACACACACUCUCGUGCAGACCUCACAGUUUACUUUGUUAUUGUGCAUGAGAGCCCCUGAGCGCGAACGCCUCUUCAGCGAACCGCUAGCGCCCGCCAGCGUGCACGCUAACACUUUAACAAAAAACACACAAAGAGUCGCGCACUGAUAUUUUUAGCCAUUGUACAGCCAUUUCUCUCAUCAAAGCCUUACCACAAAUCUUUGCACUCCUGUUCUCUCUCUAUUAGCAUCCGUCAGGCUUGUAUUGUUUUUAUUUCUCAUCCCGCCGAAGACGAAGAAGACGAGCCUUAUUUCUCUCCACAUUUCUGAGUCCGUUUUUUGUCUCAGAUGGCGAGGAUCGUUUUGUGUUAUUGCACCUCAAGACGAGUGCUUUCAUGAUGUAAGCACAGGGCAAGACUCGCUCGUUCACAAACCAGCCUAGAUCUUUUGAGGAAAAAGCACACCGCCGCCACCGCCGCCGUUAGAGAAGGGGAAAAAAAAAAGGCGGGAAAGUCAGACGCAAGUUCCCGCUGUUUUUUUUUUUUUUUUUUUACCUCCUUCCUCCAUGUGUAAGUCUCGUGGUGCGCAAUGGGCCAAAAUCAUGUUUUUUAGAUGCCAAAGUGUGUUCAAGACAUUCUCAUAGUCGAGCCGUUUACAUGGCACAGUUGUCGGUGUCGAGUCUAUUCAAACUGCCCCUGUUCCCUCUCCCUGAAGUUUACGGUCUGCAAAAAAUAGAAAAAAAAAUUAUAAAAAAAUAAAUAAAGGCAGCAUUAUUUUCUACAGAAGCUCACCAGUCGCCUUAACCAGGGAGCGUCGUAAACCAGUAUUAUACAAGAGUACAAGAUGUUGUCGAGUCCAAGUGAUGUGUGCCAAGUCUGUCGUCGAAGAAAAAAAAAGUCUGGCUCUUCCUUCUUCCCGCCAAACCAAGCCGAGAAAAGAGAAAUGUGUGGUUGUUGUCUUCCAGGCUAACGGGGGUUAUUAGAAACAGGGCCGUCUUAUUGGAAUAGCGACGGGGGAAAUAAAGCGGAGAGGAAAGGGUCACAUCGGCGGGAAGCAAAACAACAAGCUGGAGCCCGAGACCAAGGCGAUGCAGCUUUCAUUAUCCUCUCUCUCGGAAAAAAAAGACCAAACUUUAUCUGAUCUCAUGGAAGGGAGGCGAGCAGACUUUUUUUUUCUUUGUAUUUUUUAUUUUUUUCCCUCCUAAAUGCAGUACACACAUGCCACAAAAACAGCCAUAAACUACCUGUACGGAAGCUUUUUUUUUUCUGUAGGUUCAAAGAAACUGUUCGAUCGCACAUUUUCAUUUUUAAUUUCGCAAAAUGGCGACACCUUCUGCGCUUAACUGAGGGAAUUAGAAGCAGAGUGGUCUGACCCACAACUGAGUUUUAUGUCAUUUCUGUAAUGUUUUAUGAUCCAGAUUGUACUGGCAAAAUGGUCACAACCCAAAUACAGUGUUAUAGUGCUGCUUCAAAUGUUAGACCAUUCUUGAAAAACGCAAAAACUACAGAAAGUGAGUUAGACCACUCUGCUUCCGAACCCUUCAACUAUCCCGAAAAUUUUUUGUCAUGGUUGUGAAAAAUUGCCAAAACCUCCACCCCGACAGUUUGCACAGUUCGGUGUUGUUGUUUUUUUUUUUUUGUUUUGUUUAGUUUAAUUUUGUUUUUCUGCAGGUUCGAAGAAAGUAUUCGAUUGCACAUUUUAAUUUUUAAUUUCCCAAAAUGCCGACAUGUUCUGCGCUUAACUGAGGGGCUUAGAAGCAGAAUAGUCUAACCCACCACCAAAACAAAAUCCGAACUCGAGUUUUAUGUAAUUUCUGUUAUAUUUUAUGGUCUAGAUUUUCGUAGCAAAGUGGUCACAACCCAAAUACAGCAUUACGAUGGUGCUUCGAAUGUUAGACCAUUGUUGAAAAACACAAAAACUACAGAAAGAGGGUUAGACCACUCUGCUUCCAGACCCUUUGACUGUCCUGAAAACUUUUUGUGGUCAUGAAAAAUAGCCAAAAGCUCCAUCCCGACGUUUUGCACAGUCUGAUGUCAUUUUUUGUUUUUCUGCAGGUUCGAAGAAACUAUUCAAUUGCACAUUUUCAUGUUUAAUUUCACAAAAUGCCGACACGUUUCGCGCUUAACUAAGGGCUUAGAAGCAGAAUGGUCUAACCCACCACCAAAAACAAAAUUUGAACCCGAGUUUUGUACAAUUCCUGUAAUAGUUUAUGGUCUAGAUUUUUUUUUUUUUUUUAAUUUUUAUCGGCUUUAUUGGAUAGGUGCAGUGAGAGAGAGACAGGAAACGGGAGAAGAGUCAGGGGAAGACAUGCAGCAAAGGGCCACGAGCGGGAAUCGAACCCAGGCCGGCUGCGGCGGAGACCAGCCCCUGUACAUGGGUCACCUGCUCAACGCGUUGAGCUAUACGGGCGCCCCGAUGGUCUAGAUUUUAACGGCAAAGUGGUCACAACCCAAAUAUAGCCUUACGAUGGCGCUUCGAAUGUUUGACCGUUCCUGAAAAACGCAAAAACUACAGGAAGUGGGAUAGACCACUCUGUUUCCAGACCCUUUGACUGUCCUGGAAACUUUUCGUACUUGAGAAAAAUUGCCAAAAUCUCCACCUCAACAUUUUGCACAGUCCAGCGUCGCUUUAUUUUUGUUUUAUUUUCGAUGUUGAAGCACAAAUCGGGCCGGGUUUUUCCGUGGAAGCGGCUCGCCUCAGGGGCUGUCAUCGCCGAUGCUCGUUGUAAUCUUUCUAUCUACGUCACUGUUUCACUUCUCUGUUCUCCUUCUUUCUUAAUUAUCUUAAGUGCUAUUUAUCAAACAAAUGGAAUCUUGAAAGGAAAAAAAACAAAAAAAAACAAACUUGUUGUUUCUUUGCAUUAUGGCUUAUGUCAAAAGUUUUUUGAGGAAAAAUGUUUUGUGUGUUCUCUCUUUCCGUGGCGUAAAAAAGAAGCUUGUUGUCUGUAGAAAUUAUCCGAUUUCUAUGAUUUUUUUUUUUGCUGUUGUUUUUUUUCUUUGUUUCUUUUAAUUCUCAAAAAAAGGUUUUCAAAGUAGUUUCAAAGUUAUUGUCUUGAGAGAAGCCAAAGUCAAUGCAUUUCAGUGGAUCCUGUAAGCGUGAUGUAUGUUUGUUUGACAACACUUCGAAAAUCUGUCACUGGAUGGGAUUUAAAAAGUACAAAAAAUGCAGGCUUUCCUAUUUCUACAACUGAUUGUACUUAUGCAUUUUGUACCAGUGGAACUUUUUAUACUGGAGAUUAAAGGAUACAUCAAAAAAAAGAAAAAAAAAUCUUAGAAAAAAACGCUGUCUGGCCUGGUGGUGUGGCCUGACCCUGACUGGUCCCCGAGUAUGAUUUCUAGCUGGCAUCAAGGAAGUUGGCUUUUGAUAAUAAGAUUUUCUAGAAGAUCUUUGGCUUUAUUUCUUUCACUUCUUUUUCCUCACUUGAGUGUUGUUCUUUCUUUCUAUCUUCUUUUUUCGUUCUUUCUUUUUUAUUUUCCCAAAAAACAAGAGGUUUAGGUGAGUGUCAGAUCUUUUCUUUUUCAUUUUUUAAUUUUUGUUUUGCUUUAUAAAUAUAGUUCUAGCAAGUUUGUCUAUACAACAGCGGUAAGUUUCAUUUGACUUCUGUAUUGUGCCGUCUACACGAUAAGACAAUUAUAGAAAAAGAAGGAAUAGAAAUAUUUAGUCACCUUCAGUGGAUUAAUGUAUUAGUUUAAUAAAGAGAUCAACUAAUUAGAACUUUUUUGCUUUUAGCUGUUUAGAUUUUUCCGGUUUCUCUGUCCUUCUCUGUGAACUAACUGUGUAGCUGAAGCAGUCAGAAUUAUUUUUGUAAACGUAUGUUCUUGUGUGAUGCAGUUUUUUGCUUCUGUCUCCUAUAUUAAACCAUUUUUCCUAAUA